ACUGAUUUGCAAUUUUUACAGAUAUUUUAGCUGUACAGAGAGAGAGAGAGAAUCCUUUGAGCGCCCGCGCCUUUUUACCGGAGAGAUGGCGAGCUCACAGUUCAGUUCAGGUAUACGCAGAUACAAAACUGUAUACUUUGAUUCAUUUGCAGGGUGACGUGAAUCAGGCAAUAUCAAUGGUUUCUUAUUAUGCUUCGUCUUCAGAGCCGGCUCAGAUUCGAGGGAAGACUGUUUAUAUUCAGUACUCUAAUCGCCAUGAGAUUGUCAACAAUCAGAGUCCUGGAGAGGUCCCUGGCAAUGUCCUCUUUCUUGGUCACCUUUGAAGGAGUCCAAUCUCACCAGUGUUUUAGUAGAAACCCGCAAUGUUCAACUUGGCUCUUAUAAUUUUUAAAAUACAGUUAUAGCCUAAUACAUAACUUAUACUAGGUUUUAGUGAAAAAUAAUACAACGUUUAUUUGUUACAAAUUGGUUUUAGUUUAAUUAAAAAUCUGUAUAUUUUCCAACAUGUUUAUAACCAAAAACUGCAUCAAACACUCAAGAUGACUUGACCUUUGAACAACUUUAUUUAUUAUUAAUAAUUAGUCGUCUGAGGCCAAAAUUUCCAACAAGGCUCUUUCUAGGCAGCUUCUUCUUCAUCGUCAUCUUCUUCUUUUUUCUUCUUUAUAAAGACACUCUCUUGAGUGCCUCUCUUUCUCUCUCCCCUCCCUCUUUGAUGGCUUUACUUUCAUCAUGUUGGCUAAUCAUAGAAUCCAUUGUGAUUCAGGAUGGUUUCUUGAAAUGGUCCUACAUGAGAUUAUACAUGCACCCUCUUGUUCUCUUUCUUUGUCAACUUCUUCUAUGGCUCUCUGUCUUCCUUUUAUGGCUUGUCCCAUACUUUCAAGCGUCUUACAGCUCCUUUUUAUCGUUCUUGGUCACGUUCUCAAAGCUAUUUAAUAGUUUUCUACGAGUUAUUAUGAGUAGAAGGGAGGUUACUUAUAAUGUUGUGUCUAGGCAAGAGAACAAGAACACCCUUGUUAAUUUCGAACUUUCUACGAGAAUUCAUAAUCCUGUUCCUUCCUUUAGCUUUUCGUUUAAACAUCAAGUUGAUAGUCAAUUAAAAGUUCUUCUAGUUCUCCAAGAAGGCAAGAUUCUUGAAGAUGAAGAUUUUUGCAGUCAACUUGAUCAAGAAGAUGGUGCUGUUCAUUUUCUUGAUGCUAAGGAAAGCGAGGAGGAAGAAGACACUAUUGACUUUGUUGACGUUGUGAACGUGGAGAAUAAUCUUGAGUUUGAACUUCAGACCAUGCCAAUGGAUCAAGAAAAUAUAUUUCCUUUAGUCAACAAUGAAGAAGAAGAAGAAGAAGAAGAAGAAGAAGAAGAAGAAGAAGAAGAAGAAGAAGAAGAAGAAGAAGAAGAAGAUAUUGUUACCUCAAACGUUGGGAACUAUCUAUCUUCUCUAGAAGCUAGUGAUGAUAUAAAUUCACUCAAUAGCGAUGGAGAUCAACCCUCUCCUUUUUCUAUAUCAAGCUUGGAUUCAGUACUACAAGAAUCGAUUGUAAUAGAGAAUCCAACUCAUCGAGAUGAAGAUGAUGAAACCAAUGAAGUAUACAAUACAUACUGCCAAAGAAUGAGAUGGUAUGACAUCCUAAGCCGCGAUAGAACAUAUGGACUAAGUGUGAUGAUGAACCAAGAAACGGCAAGUACUUUGAGCUUAUGGGGAAUAACAGCAGAGAAGAGGCUAAAACAAAGCAUAGAGAAGGAUCUUGAGCUAGUUUAUAUUGCUCAAUCAUGUUUAUCAUGGGAAGCUCUCCAGCAUCAGUACUUAACAGUGAGAGAUAGAAUGAAAGCCUCUGAUUCGAAAGGCGGGUCAUAUGAAGAUGAUAUCUCUAAAGAAUUUCAGAAGUUUCAGGUUUUAUUAGAGAGAUUUUUGGAAGAUGAAAGGUGUGAAGGGAAAAGGGUAUUGAGCUUUGUUCAAAGAAGGUUUGAGCUCAUGAGCUUCUUUCAAGUCCCAAGACUUUCAGGAUAUAAAAGGAAGGGACCACAGGAAGGUGGAAGAGAGAGUAAUGAGAAACAAGUGCUGAAAGCAAUAGAGAGAUGCAUUACAGUCUUCUAUGACUUUGUGAAAGCAGACAUCAAGAGGCCUUUGGUUUGGGAAAGACUUAAAAUCUCAUUCGUCAACUCUCCUCUUAUGGAAGUGGAAGAUCCUAGAGACAUUAUGCUUUUUCUUAACCUUAAAAAUUUACUCCAAAAGAAGGAACAAUCAUUGAAGGAGGCACAAGGGAAGAAGAAGAAGAAGAUUUGGUUCAAGAAGAAGAAGAAAUCUCCUUACAUGAAAGAAGAUGAAAACUCUAUGUUCGUAACAUUUAUAAAGAUAGAGUUAAAGCUUGUGUCUAGAGUUUUACAAAUGUCUUUGGUCUCAUCUUCUCACCUCAAAUGGUGUCAACACAAGCUCAACAACAUUGAUUUCAAUGGUGGCAAAUUCUCUAGAACUUCCUCACCUGUUUUAUUCCCAUCUUAAUAUUAUAAACUACUGUUUUCUUCA